ACCUGCAGCCACUUGUUCACAUGGUUUCGAGGCACAAUGAGGCAUGCUGGCUCUUGGAAACUUUGGCUCUGGAUGGCAAUGCUUCUGCUUCCUGCUUCCACUUCCGUGACGGUCAGGGACAAGUCAGAAAAACAGUGUCCUGUACUGAGAACAGAGGGACAUCAGUUUCCACAGGACAACAGAGAUAAACUUGAAGUUUCAGGUUUUGACCUAGGAGAGAGCUUUUCUCUGAGACGUGCAUUUUGUGAAGGUGAUAAAACCUGUUUCAAAUUGGGAAGUGCAUUUCUUUUUAGAGAUACCAUUAAGAUAUUUCCCAAAGGCCUUCCUGACGAGUACGCCAUAGCAGCUGUGUUUCGUGUGCGCAGAAGCACCAAAAAGGAACGGUGGUUCCUGUGGCAGGUGUUAAACCUGCAGAAUCUGCCACAGAUUUCUAUAGUCGUUGAUGGUGGAAAGAAAGUGGUGGAAUUUAUGUUCCGAGCUGCUGAGGGAGAUGUGUUGAACUACAUUUUUAAAAAUCGAGAACUCCGUCCUUUGUUUGAUCGUCAGUGGCAUAAACUUGGCAUUGGUAUACAAUCCCGGGGCAUUUCACUCUAUAUGGAUUGUAAUUUAAUUGCAAGCCGUUAUAUAGAUGAAAAGAACGCUGUGGACCUUCGUGGAAGGACUGUUAUUGCUGCACGAGCUUCCGAUGGCAAGCCUGUGGAUAUUGAACUUCAUCAACUUAAAAUCUACUGUAACUCAAACUUCAUAGCCCAAGAAACAUGCUGCGAAAUAUCAGAUGCUAAGUGUCCAGAUUAUGAUGGCUUUGGAAGCACCGCAUCAUCACUGUUACCCGCUCAUGCCAGUAAACUGUCUGCCUAUCUUCCAGCAAAGGAGGGACUUCAAGACCGGUGCCAGUGCAUUCCAAACAAGGGAGAAGCAGGUUUUCCAGGAACUCCAGGCUCACCUGGUCAGAAAGGGGAUAAAGGAGAACCGGGUUCAGGUGGUAUUAAAGGUGAAUUUGGUGCUCCUGGAAUUCCUGGGGAAAAGGGUGAAAAUGGUUUGCAUGGAGUUCCAGGCUUACCUGGUCAAAAGGGAGAGCAAGGUUUUGAAGGCAGCAAAGGAGAAAUUGGUGAAAAGGGUGAACCAGGAGAAAAAGGAGAUCCAGGUCUGGCUGGCAUUAAUGGACAAAAUGGUUUGAAAGGUGACUUGGGUCCUCGGGGCCCCCCUGGCCCAAAAGGAGAAAAGGGAGAUACAGGACCUCCAGGACCACCAGCCUUAACUGGUUCCCUGGGGAUACAAGGCCCACAAGGUCCACCUGGAAAAGAAGGUCAGAGGGGAAGACGAGGAAAAACAGGUCCUCCAGGAAAACCAGGCCCCCCAGGACCGCCCGGACCUCCUGGAAUACAAGGAGUACAACAGACUCUUGGAUAUCAUAACGAUGGAAACCUUGGUGAAUAUGGAGCUGGUGGCCCAAAAGGAGAGAAGGGUGAAGCUGGACAACCGGGAUUUCCAGGGUCCAUUGGCCCUAAAGGUCAAAAAGGAGAAUCUGGGGAAGCUUUUACAAAAGGUGAAAAGGGAGAUAGAGGAGAACCUGGGAUAAUGGGAUCACAGGGAAUAAAGGGCGAACCUGGAGAUCCUGGUGCCCCCGGCUUAAUAGGAAGUCCAGGACUAAAGGGUCAGCAAGGACCUGAAGGCUCUAUGGGACCCAGAGGACCACCAGGAGAUAUUGGAUUGCCAGGAGAACAUGGUAUCCCAGGAAAGCAAGGCAUUAAAGGAGAAAAGGGAGAUCCAGGUGGGAUUAUAGGCCCUCCUGGGCUUCCAGGUCCCAAAGGUGAGGCUGGUCCUCCAGGGAAAAGCCUGCCAGGGGAACCAGGAUUAGAUGGAAAUCCUGGAGCACCUGGUCCACGUGGGCCAAAGGGUGAACGAGGACUCCCAGGUGUCCAUGGUUCCCCAGGUGACAGAGGUCCCCCAGGGCUGGGAGUUCCUGGCCCAACAGGCUCGCAAGGACCAGCUGGAGAGCCAGGUAUUCAGGGUCCUCGAGGUCUCCCUGGAUUGCCAGGAACUCCAGGGACUCCAGGGAAUGAUGGAGCUCCAGGGAGGGAUGGAAAGCCAGGUCUGCCAGGCCCCCCAGGUGACCCGAUUGCACUUCCUCUCUUGGGAGACAUCGGUGUCUUGCUCAAGAACUUCUGUGGCAACUGCCAAGCCAGUGUCCCUGGGCUGAAAAGCCACAAAGGAGAAGAAAUAGGCGCUGGUGAGCCUGGAAAGUAUGAUUCUAUCACCCAGAAGGGUGAUACAGGACCACGGGGUCCCCCAGGAAUCCCAGGCAGAGAGGGACCAAAGGGAAGCAAAGGAGAGCGGGGCUACCCUGGGAUACCUGGAGACAAAGGUGACGAGGGUCUUCAAGGAAUUCCAGGCCUUCCAGGUGCUCCAGGCCCCACUGGACCCCCUGGCUUGUUAGGAAGAACUGGACAUCCUGGCCCCAUGGGAAUAAAGGGUGACAAGGGCAGUGAGGGACCCCCUGGGAGACCCGGACCACCUGGACCGCCUGGUGUACCAUUCAAUGAAGGAAAUGGAAUGAGCAGUUUAUAUAAAAUCCAGGGAGGUGUGAAUGUUCCCAGUUUUCCAGGCCCCCCUGGCCCCCCUGGCCCAAAAGGAGACCCUGGCCCAGUGGGAGAACCUGGUGCAAUGGGGUUGCCAGGACUAGAAGGAUUUCCAGGUAUAAAGGGAGAUCGGGGCCCAGCAGGUCCCCCAGGAAUAGCCGGAAUAUCGGGAAAACCUGGAGCCCCAGGGCCUCCCGGAGUUCCAGGGGAACCGGGUGACAGAGGACCUGUUGGAGAUAUAGGUUUCCCUGGACCAGAAGGACCCUCAGGAAGGCCAGGAAUAAAUGGAAAAGAUGGAUUACCAGGUGCUCAGGGUAUCAUGGGUAAACCUGGAGAUAGAGGCCCCAAAGGAGAACGUGGUGAUCAGGGAAUUCCAGGAGACAGAGGCCCACAAGGUGAACAGGGAAAACCAGGCCUUCCAGGCAUGAAGGGAGCCAUAGGUCCUGUGGGGCCACCAGGAAACAAGGGCUCCACGGGAUCCCCCGGGCACCAAGGCCCUCCCGGCAAUCCAGGCAUCCCAGGUACUCCGGCUGAUGCGGUUUCAUUUGAAGAAAUAAAGAAAUACAUUAAUCAAGAGGUUCUAAGGAUUUUUGAAGAGAGGAUGGCUGUGUUCCUAUCUCAGCUCAAGCUGCCAGCAGCAAUGUUGGCUGCUCAAGCUCACGGGAGGCCUGGUCCACCAGGAAAGGAUGGAUUACCUGGGCCACCAGGAGACCCUGGACCUCAAGGCUACCGAGGACAGAAAGGAGAAAGAGGGGAGCCUGGAAUUGGGCUUCCAGGGAGCCCGGGUCUUCCUGGGACUUCAGCUCCGGGUUUGCCAGGCUCACCAGGUGCCCCAGGUCCCCAGGGCCCCCCAGGACCUAGUGGAAGAUGUAAUCCAGAAGAUUGCUUCUAUCCUGUGUCUCAUGCCCGUCAGCGGACAGGUGGGAAAUAAACACACCUGAGGAAGACUUGGCAUUGGAGCUAUCGUAAUACUGUCAAACCCUCAUGAUAUAUGGGUGGCUUUUUUUAUUUGUUUUUGGUAGGCCAGACAUUAAAAACAAUCGGAAUCCUAUUCUUAUAGUAAUUGGGAUAUCAGCAUUUUUAGCUUUUCCCAAAUUCAUUCCAUAUGUUUUGCUUCACCACUGCUAUGAUUUUCAUUCAGGAUCUUCUAUGAAAAACACAAGCAAAUCUUGUCAUUAGUUCUUCUUCUAGAUGAAAUUACAUCUUAUGAUUUAGUAGGCUGAUGGUGAUGUACAUUUUCUAGUCUCAUCAACUUGUAUUUGGCCUUUGAUUUCUGAAUUUUAAAGUUUCAGACUUAAAGUUUUCUUGGGGCUUACAUUUACCAUCAUUGCUAAAGAUUUCAACUUUUUUGACAUACUGCAUUGCUUCUGCUCAGUGUUUUUUGACUACGUUUUGUAGCCAAAGAAUACUUGUACCACCUUAUAUCCAUCCUGCUUAUGUGGAGAAAUAGGUAGGCGAUAAGAGCUUCACUUCAUAACUCAUUUUGGAAGAAACCCAGGAGGCUAUUUUAUCAGGGAGCUCAAAACCUACCAUAGCCAACUACUGAAAUGAUUUUGUUAAUUCUGUAUAAUGAGCUCAGUUCAAAGCAAUCACCACUGGCAUGAAUCCGUACUGCAUGAAAAGAGGGGAACAAAGUCCAAUUGUACAAGAGUUCCACAAGAAAAGCCCAACACUGCAGUCUCUUCACUGAGUUUCUCAUUUGGGAAACAAAAGGCUGUUUUCCCUAAGAGGUGUUUGAUGGUGAAGGCAUCAAGCUGUCUUUGGUACCUUUGAAGCUAAAUGGCCUAGCAAGGUCUUUGGGCCCUUGUAUCCAUUAUCGGUUCCAACCGGAUCAUUCUCAGAUUUUAAGACAAGAACUGGCCAUCAGAACAAAGGACGGGAUUUGUGGCACUUGGGAAAGAAACCCCUUGGCCUAGAGGAUGAUUGUGUGGUGUCUGCAGAUGUGUAUUGAGGAGGUGAUGCCCAGAAGCUCUUAUGGAGAAACUGUUCUCCAGAGGCUGCGGAAAGAGGUACAGGGCGGCAAAGGAAAGCCAUGGGACCGGAUAUGCAAGUAGCACUCAGACCAAAGAGUUAGCAGUAACUUCAGGGGAAACAACAGGCACUGUAAAGACCAUGUCCUCUGACAGGGAAUGACGGUACAGUGAUCACCAACCCAGAUACUUACUGAAUGCUAUUUUUAUUGCCUAGUCGUCCAUUAUUUUGAGAGGCUGAAGACAACUGAUUUUCUAAAACAUUGGACAUGAGGAUGUUGCCGAAAUCUAAGUAGUGGGUCCCACAGAUGCUGUGAGCAGGAUACCCAGAGUCCUCCUGCCACAGAAAUGAGGCCCCAUCUCUUCAAACAGCAGUGCAGAUUCCAGUUUGGCUAAAACAGGCUAGAAUGGUUGCUUUUACGUAUUAAUUGAAAAAUGAAUUUAGAAAGGUGAGCCCACUGAAAUUGGAAAAAGCUGUGAACGGGGUUGUGUAGGGAGGCUUUUGUUCAAAUGCACCCAUGAUUUGAACUGGUUUUCGUUAUAGAUGAACGAACCGCUGGUCAGGCCCUGUCUACAUGGCUGUGCGUACAUACAGCCUUCUAGCUAUUUCGUAUCGAAUUAUGUUGUAUAUUUAAAUCCCAAGUUUGUUUCUUUUAUUCUCUGAGGUUAUUUUAUUUAUUUCAAAUGCGUUUAACUUUAAAUUGAUUUUCUUCUUCAUUUUCUUUCCUGUGCAAUACCUACAAUGGUGCUGUGUUUUAGACUUACACAAUUGGAAUAUACAUUUGCAUUUUCUUAGUAAAAUGAUACUUUAUCCCUCCAAAAAAUGUAUACAGACCCAAAAUCUGGUGCUAUGUGUAUAUCUUGAGCUUUUAAUUUGUUGAACUUUAAUUUUUUGAAUUUUCUAAAAGCUUACAACUCCUCUGCCGCUCCUUAAUGUACUUGAAUUUGUCAUGAAGCUACACAUUUUAUAUGUUUUCAAGGAUUAUUUUUUCACAUUGAUUAAUAGGUUGUUUAUCCUUUUGCCUCUUUGCUAAUCCAGAAGUACUUAUUUUAGUGUUUUCAUGUCUUCAUGAACUUUUUUUUGCUGAUGGUGAUCAAUGUAUUUUUCUUUGUUUUCUCUGAGUCUAACAUAUGCGUAAAAAGACUCAGUUCAUUUUCUUGUUUUAUAAAUUCUGUUCAUUUUUAUUCCACAGAAUAUGUCAUGCAUCCUUUCUUACAAAUUGUAUAUUUAGGAACCUUUCUUUUUUUAAGUUCCGUUAAUGCUGAGCUGAUUUAUUCCUGUUUCAAGAAUUUGGAUUUAUUCAGGUGGUUUAAGGGGUAUGGGGAAUGUCAUGUCAUAUGAUGCAUAUUACAAAGUAGAGUUCAUUGAUUCAAGCCCAUUUUUUUUAUAACUGCUGCAUGACUUAAUCUACCUUUGGCAUAAGUAGAGAAAUGGGACUGUGUCCACAUGGAACGAGCCCCUCUCACCCUACCGUAUCAUUUACCUGCCAACGCCUGUUCUUGUCUCACAUGAUCUGCAACCAAGAGUGACGAGAAUGGCUGGGCCCAGCUAAUACACCAAAUGAAGUGGACAUAUGGCAAUUGCCUAAUUCCCUUAAUAUUAAUAAAGUGGAUAAUUAAGGCCUCAAAGUAGGGUGGGAAAUUUUCCCCUAAAUAACUUGGUGGUUGCAAACUCUCUUACAUCAUUAUAUUCCAUUCCAAAGCAUUUGUUAUUUGUUUACUUUCAGAAGAUGUCAGUAGUGUCCACAGCAGGGAAGAAGAAUUACCAGAUGUCCUGAAUUAGCUCUUGUUUAGACUCCAGAGUAAUUAUAGGUCAUGAUGACAGUUAGUAAUUAAAACUGGGUUUGCUCUAUAUAAGUUAUGUUUGGAUUCCAGUGUAACAUUUUAUACCAAGAUCAGUUAACACUUUCAGAUAGAAAUCUUUCCAUGCAAAGAACAAGAUAUGAUUUCAAUUAAUAUUCAUAGCCUUUGGAAUCUAAAGAAAAAGGAAGAAUGAUUCAUGAGUGUGUUCAUUGUUCCUUCCUAUUGAGGACAUUAACUAUUUUUUACUAACCAUAAGAGAAACACAGCCAGUCUUAACCUUUGAAAUCUUUCACCAUGUGAUCACAGUAAUUUAAUGACUUUAACCCCAUAUGCUUAUUUCUCUAUUUCAUGAUGUUGUUGAAAUACAAUUUUUGUCAUUUAUUGUAGAGAUUAAGUAAUUUUCUUAAGAUAUGUUGUAAAAAAUGUCAUUUGAUGUUUGGAUUAUAAAAUAUUUUUUUAUGAAUAUGUUUUAGGAGUUAAAUAAGAUUUAGCUUUUCUGCAGUCUUUCUCAUCUGUUGAAAACCUGUGAUAUACCUCCUUUUGUCCACAAGAUGGUGUUUAAAGCAGUUUGAAUCAGAAGAACUGAACAGACUUGCAGAAAUACAAGGCUAGAAACAGUUUAGUGGACAACUGAAUCAGACCCUUGCCUUUGCACUUGAUUUUUCUUUACUUUUGUAAAUAAUUUCUUAUUAAUUUGUGUUUUGUUCAUUUGUUUUGUUAAUUUAUAUUCUUCCUCAUUUUAAGUAUCUUUAUGAAGAAGGCACAAUAACUUUUGACUCCUUGGCUAUUUAGAUUUUGUUUCUUAAGUGGAUUUACAUACCUGGUUAACUUGCAACUUUACUAUUUGUAACUUUAGUUUGUAUUCUACCCUCAUAUUUUAGUGAUUAACAUGAAAACACCUAAAUACCCAUCCUACUUUUUAGAUAGAAUACUCUCUUUUGACAGAAGUAAAAAGCAUUUAGCUUAUCACGAGAAGUAGACCAUUUAUAAAAUUACACAACGUCUGAAUCUCCUUAUCAUUCAAGGUACUUAACAUUUUUUAAUUUAACAAUUAGAGUUGUAUAAUGUUUAUAUUUUUCUAGAAAUAUAUCCCUAUUUACAAAAGAUAAGGAAUGCUAUUUUUCAAAUUACCAUUUUAAUUUUCCUAAACACUAGUAAUAAUACCCUGAGACUGAGAAUUUCUAGGUUAAAUUAUGUGCUCAAGUUUUUUCAGUGAAUUCUCAGAAUAUUUUGAAGAUUAGUUCAUUGCUUUUGUUCUUAAUUUUUUUUUUUCACAUUGCCUGUGCUCACCUUCUUAAGACAUACAAGUGUUUAUUGUUCUCGCUUCCCAAUGUUCUUUUUUAGUACUUUAGUGUUAAGGGGUAUACUCCCUCCCCUUACCUCUAUUAUACCUUUUCCUCUCACAGAGACUACCCAGGCUUCUAAGAGGAGGAAAUGAGGAAAAGAAUUGAAUUUGUAUCUUUUAUGCCUUGGUACUUCUAAGUGACUUAGCCCGUUGAAUUCAUUUACUAGUUGGCUGGCAGUGGGAGCAUUAAUUUUUUUUUUUUUUAAUUACUAACAGACUCAGGAAACAAGACACAUGGAUGUCUUCAGUUUUACUGUGUGCUGUAGCUGGAGCUAUAAUCAAACAUUUUACUCGACAAAAUCAUGCUAGACUAACUGGUCAGUUUAAACUGAGUGAAGAACCAGUUGAGCACCGAAAAAAACUCACUCAGACAAGCAGACCCAGAACAGCAAAAAUUUACCUCAUAGAUAGGUCAGGUUUAUAAAACCAAAGCUAAGUCUAAGAAAAUUAAAUGGAAAAACUUUCAUGUUCAGAUAAUAGAAGAUUGAGUGAUACAUGGUACAACUCAAGGAGUUAGCUACUUGCUUCACGAAUUUGUCAAAAGUGAAUUCUAAUAAAGUAGGAGAUUUCAUUACACUUAUGGGGUAGUUCAAUGAGAAUUAAGUUUAUCAGACGGGUGUGUGCCAUUUGACCAUAAUAAGCUUAUGGGUGUAAAGAUGCUAAUUAACUUACAAUUUUUUUUUAUUUUUCAUUUUGCUGUAUUAUUUAAAGUAUAUUUUAGGGAUAAAUAUUUUUCAAUGUAUUAAUUGUAUUUAAAUUCAGAUUGUCUUAUGGCAUAUUUUAUAACUAUUUAUUUUUAAAAUACUAUUUAGGGUAUAUUUGUUCCCCAUUUUGUUCUCUAGCUUACCUCAUCCAACUAUUUAAGAUUUCAUUUGACAUAUUCAAGUUAAGUGGAAUGGCACCAGUUUCAUUCCAAAUCCCACUUGGAUAUAAUGCUUUGAGGCCUUGAUUCCUAUAUGUUCAUGAUACCUAAUGAGCUUUUCGCUUAUCUUAGCAAUAAACGAUUUGACCCUAAAUCAGGGAAUUCUAAGGUGCAGUUAUUAACAUCAUUUCUACUCUUCCCCACUUCUUGUGGCUGAAGCUCCAUACCUCAGCUCCAUUCUGCUAGGUCUCAACCACAUGGAUGCCCCCAAAAAGCACUUACAUACCAAGUGUGAGCCACACAGAUGUCCAGGGAACCUGUAAUUGAACUAUUGCAGGGCUCAUGUUUAUACCAUGCUAGAAAUUAUGCUUUUGUUUGUCAUAAGAACCAGUGCUUUGCUCACAAUAAUUAGGUUUAUUACCCAUCUCCCUGGCAGCUCAUAAAAAGCCUGGUCUAAUGAUUGUGAAUAAGAAUAAUAAGCAGAAACAAGUCAGAGAGCAAUCCGUCCUUUGCAGCUUUUGUCCCACAAAGUGAUCUUCUCACUAAAAUCACUUAAGACUCAUUGAUAUAGAGGGGUCUGAGAAAGAUAAGAAAUAUCACGGUUAACUUUUAUGACAAAUAUAAGCUCUUACAUCAUUAGUGAUAAGGCAAUAGGCAAUAAGUUAAAUACAUAGCAUGUUUCCUCAACAGAGAUUAAUCACAUCAAAAUAUGCCAGUGGAUUUUUAUGUUUGCUUAGACUGGAAAAUGAUUUACAUAGUUCUUAACUAUUCUCGCCUUCAGGUCCCCUUAUGACGUAAUAAAUUAACCAGGUGCUCUCUAAGGAAUAUUCUUAAGUCUUUUGACAUACACAUUUUCAACCUGGAGGACAAAGACAAAUUCAAAUAAAUGUUGAAAAGAAAGGUAGUUUCUUGAACCCAAUUGCCCUCAUUUGUUCUCUCUCUCUCUGUAGUUAUUUUUAGAAAACUUGAGAGUAAGAUGUAAAAGCAUGUUAAGGAGAAAGUUAACAUGGGUUGCCAUUUAUUAAGACUAAAAAUAUGAUCAGUGUCCUCUUUCUGAUGUCUGGAUCUAACAAAUAUGUUACACUUCCCCUAGUUAAUCAUUUAAAGAGUAUUUGAGCAUGUGUAUUUAUAGUCAUACAUUACAAUGGAUAACCAAUUUUGAUUUAAUAUUUACUGAAUUAUAUGCAUUUAAUACUGUCAUGUCCCAGAUCAUAAGCUCACUAAAAAAGAUGAAGUACACAAUUGAAAAGCAUUUGUUUUACUCAGUGAAACAAAAGGACUCGACCUAUAUUACUGAGCACAAAUAUUCUUUAUUAAAGAUAUUUAAAACCAUUUAUGUCCAUUGCAAAAUUUGUAAAUGGCAAAAUCACUAGUUUGCUAAUUUUUUCUUAUUAGUACAUUUUCACUCUUUUUGUCAGUACUAACAGAAAAAAAAGCAAUUCUCUUGGUAUUUGGUAUAAUUUUAUGUAUUUUUAGUGAUCUUCUCCCUAUUUUGGUUUAUUUUAAAAUUCAGGGAUAUUAUAUGUCAGAAACUGUCAUAGCCAAAAAAUCAAAUAAUAGAGGUGAUCUUCAAAACUAGGGAUCUAUAUUAGCUUAUUUCAGGUGGCAAAUAAAUCAGAUCUUACUAAUGAUGUUUAAGCAUAGCAAUAUUUGUUUAGACAGAUUGACAUAUAAAGUGCCUAUAAUCGAAUCAAUCACAUAACUCAUAUGACUACUCAUUCAUAUUCUUCUGCUACUCAGAAGUCACUUAUCCCAAACCAUGCCAGUGAAUUUAUGUGCUCAGUCAACCUGGAAAGUGAUUUCCAUAGUUCUUAACCAACCUGUCAGGUAUUGGGGAUGAAAAUCAUAUCAUAAUGCCAUAGAAGCACUGACUAGAAUUAAAUCAGAAAUCACUUGCCCUUGAGUAACAUGCCAGUUUGCAACCAACCUUAAUUAUUCACAGACUCUUCUCUCAGUGAGUGCUCUAGGUGACACUUCACCCAACUUUUAAAAAUAUCUCAAAGAGGCUUGGAAAUUUCUAUUUUGCUAGAGAGAGCUAUUUGGCUUAAUUAAAUAUUUAUCAACUCUAACUUUCAUAGAAUUUGCUGGAUGCUUUUCUUUGCAAUUUCUCAGACAAGUAUUUACUGCUUCUGUAAACUAUUUCACUUAACUGAAUUUACAAUGGAUUGUUCCCACCAUUUGGAAUGUGCUAGUUUUGCAUAAUCUAUUUGUUAAGUGGUUGUUUCCAGUAUCGCUUGUGGUAUCUGUGGAGCUUGUUGUACAGCCUUUUAUAUAUCAAGUUUGUAAAAACAGUUGAAUGAUCUGCUCUUUGAAAUUUUAUUUUUUAAAAAUUUUCUUAUGAAUACAAUAUUAUAGAACUGAGGAACAUAUUUAUUUGGUUAUCUAAUUUUUCUUUUGUUGUAUUUAAUUACAUCACUCUGGUUAAAAUAAAACAAUCUUUGUGAAAAGACAAGGCAACUUCUUUGCAUUUAUUUGAUUAGAUGUUGCAGUACCUCAAAAGGUUUGCCAUGUAUAUGAAGAUGAUUUUAAGUAAUUAUAACAGAUAUCUCUAUUUCCAAAAAUUAUUUAUUCCAC